CUCCUCCUUCCAUCGCGCAGGACACGAUGGCAGGUGCCACGACUGUCUGCUGUCUGCACUGGCACUGCAUUUAACGCCCCCCACCCCCACCAUCCUCCAUCCCCCACUCCUCCCUCGCUCACUCACAGCAAAGAUCCAAAGAGGAACUGUUCGAGACGACGCGUGAGAUCUCAUCUUCCUUCCGGCAAUGCCUCCAUGGGCGGCAUGGCUCCUGCCGCCGCUGCUGCUUCUUCUUCUGCUGCUGCAGGGGAGAGGCGGCCAUGGCAUCAGCAGCUUGGACAUGGACAUGGAGAUGGACUCGGAGGCUCACGGGAGGCUGCUAUGGGAGGCCAGCGGCAGCGGCAGCAGGAGGUACAUCAGCUACGACGCGCUGAGGGGCGACGCCGUGCCGUGCUCCAGGCCCGGGGUGCCCUACUACAACUGCAGGGUCAGCACCACCGCCAACCCUUACACCAGGGGCUGCGACACCAUCACCAGGUGCAGGGACGCUGAGGAUCCUAGGUGAUUCAAAGGGGAUCCAGCCGGCAUCUAAUGCUUUUGGCUUCUUCUUGUUACAUUGGAAUCCUAUUCUUCUUCUUCUUUUCUUUUACUGAAUCAGUAGGUGUAGUAUGAUUAAUGGAUGGAUUACAUCUUUACUGAUCUCUCUGUUUUUUUUUUUCAUUUCACUUCUCUCUAUCUUAUGCAUUGUGUUGGGGAUAAAUAUGUGUGUAAGUAAGAUUUGGUUCCAACUUCCAAGUUAUGUGGAAAUUGGGAUCUUGGUUCCAAGCUUAUAUGGAGAAGCUUGGAUUGGGUAAGAUGUUAUUGAUGAACAAUGACAUGAAUUAACUUCUAAAACAAA